AUGAGCUUCCGGGGUUUUCAGAAAAGCGUCAUUCGGGCGCCGCAACAAAUCAAGGCCCGCUUCAACAUCGGCGAGCAUACCAAGGAUCCCGUUUACAUCGAUUCCGAGCGCAGGUUCCAGGAGCUUGAGACCGAAACGAAGCGAUUACACGAUGAGUCCAAGAAAUACUUCGAAGCCAUCAACGGCAUGCUUAGCCACCAGAUUGAGUUUAGCAAGGCUAUGAGCGAGCUUUACAAGCCCAUAUCCGGUCGCAUGUCCGAUCCCAUGAGCUUAGAAGUCCAAGGUAAUCCCGACGGGAUCCGCGCUUGCGAGGAGUAUGAGGCCAUUGUCAAGGACCUGCAGGAGACACUUGCGCCCGAGCUCGAGAUGAUCGAAAGCAGAGUGAUUCGUCCUGCGAACGAGCUGCUUGAUGUUGUCAAGGUCAUCCGUAAGACAGCUUUGAAGCGCGAGCACAAGAAACUUGACUACGACCGCCAUCGCCAGACCCUCAAGAAGCUGCAGGAUAAGAAAGAGCGAAGCGCCAAGGAUGAGAAGGCGCUGUGGAAGGCUGAGAAUGACGUGGAGCAGGCGACCCAGGAGUUCAACUACUUCAAUGACCUCCUCAAGGAAGAACUGCCCCGCCUCUUUGCCCUCGAGCAGGAGUUUAUUCGACCGCUCUUCCAGUCCUUCUACUAUAUGCAGCUCAACAUCUUCUACACGUUGCACGAGAAGAUGCAGCACUGCGAUAUCGGUUACUUCGACCUGACUCUCGACGUAUUAGAAGCGUUUCACAAGAAACGUGGUGACAUCCAGGAGCAGGCUGAGAAGUUGACCAUCGUGAAGUUUAAGACGACCGGCCAGAAGCGCCCACCGAUAAAGUACGGCAGCCGUCCCGCACUCGAGGGAAACAAGCCCCCUGCGCUGAUCACCGCUGGUCCCUCGUCAUCUGCGGCAUCCACAACAACAACAACCUCGAAGUUUGGCGGCUACAACAAGCAGGCAGAAGCCGGUGAGGCCCACCCACCUCCGCCGUACUCCCCUCCUGCCACCAACGGAACCGCCAGUCCUGGUCUCGCCGCUAUUGCCGCCGCGAAAGCGAAGCCCCCUCCACCGAAACCUAAGCCCAGUCGACUCAGUGGCGCUCCUGCCUCCGAAACCGUCACUGCUCUGUACGAUUACGCUGCGCAAGCAGAGGGUGACUUGAGCUUCCGGACUGGCGAUGUUAUUGACAUUGUCAGCCGCACUAAGAAUGAGAAUGAGUGGUGGACUGGUAGACUGAACGGAAAGACUGGUCAAUUCCCUGGCAAUUACGUUAAGCUGAACAGUUAA